AAAAUGUGUCACCUUACAACAUAGCCUUAUGUACAUAGCUGACUCUUCUAAGCCUGUACGGCUCCUCCUAGAGUAACAAUCUCGCUCUCAGCUCAGCUUGGUUAUUCCUAAUUUUAAACAACAGUUUACGGAGUGAUUGUGGCAGAUAUCGAUAACGUAGCUCACGCUUCAACUUGGCGCAAUGGACGAUGACUUGGAAAUUAAAGGACCCGGAUAUGAACCAAUAGCGGACGAAUUUGCUACAUAUGAAGACUAUUUAGACAGCCAGAUUAACAGUACCGAUGUUUAUUAUCUUGAGGAUGUGGAGCUGGCACGACAGUUAGUCGAGCUGGGGAUACGUGGUAACGGGGAGGUAAUCCGGCGUGAGGAGUUCGAGCAGCGAAAAGAAGCUUCGGAGCAGGCACGGCAGGCGCGGCUAAACAAAAAACCCAAGAAGCUCGCCUCGCAGGGCAAGCACGUGGAGGAGUACCCCCUGCUGCAGGCUCUGAAGGACCGCGAGGAGGCGGUUCGCAACGGCAAGCUGACUACCAUCAUAUUCAUUCGGGAUAAGAACUCCAAGGGCCAGGAGGUGUCUGGCUACAUCGACUAUGGUCACCGGCUCAAGACGGAGAGCAUGGAGCCCUAUUUCGACCGCAAGAAGCGGCUCAUGCCCCGACCCUCUGACCUGUCCUUCUACAACUGGGAGACGCAGAUGUCCACCUCGAACCCCACACCGAAUUUCCAAGUCAUUGCCGACAACGAGGCGGGGCUGCUGUUCAAAAACAAACGGGACCGCAAGGUCAUCAACGUGGACCCCCGUGCGAAGCCCGGGGAUAACUCCACACGUACGGAACUGGACACCACAGAAUACCUGCAGGUGGUUGUGUACGACCACGUGACGAGGCGGAGGAGCUGA